CGGGGCAGAGCAGCCAAAAUGCAGGCAGGUCUGUCCCUACUUGGUCACCGUCCGCCCAGGCCGGCAGCCCGUCCCAUCGGGAGUGUCCCGUUCGAGGGGAGCCCUCAGCCCCAGCCCCGCGCCGCCGGAGCGGGGCACCUGGAGUCCGCGGGGGAAGAGUUCCCAAGUGGGCGGGAGCGCAUUUUUUUUAAAAAGGGUGGAAACCCCACCAGCCGAGUGUGCAGAAAAAGUGAAUGAAGUCUGCCUGUCUGGGCCGCAGCCCCUCCCCUCGGCCCGCGUAGAGCAGCCGACCCAGGGCCGCUUCCUCUGGCCGCGGAGGGUCCGCGCCGGCCCCGCGCCCCGCCCCGCCGGCCCCGGCCCCCGCCGCCGCCCCGGACCCCGGCCCGCCCAUGAGCAGCCUCAACGCCACCACGCCCGGCCGCCCCGGGCCCGGGCCCAGUUUGGCGUGGACUAAAAUGGACAUAGCCAUCAUGGCAGGAGUGAUCACCGCCGUGGCCGUCUUCCUGGUGGGCCUGCUCCUGCUCAUCCUGCACUACGCGUACCGGCACAAGGGCACGUACCGCACGCACGAGGACAAGGGCACUGAGUUUGCUGAGAGCGCGGACGCGGCCCUGCAGGGCGACCCGUCGCUGCAGGACGCUGGGGACAGCAGCAGAAAGGAGUACUUCAUCUGAGGCACCACACUCCCCUCCCCCACCCUCCUCCUGCUCCGGACCUCACGCCGCCAUCUGUGCCUCCAAGCAGACCACCGAGCAGCCCCUGAGAACCCUGGGCUGGGGCGCUGGGAGGAGGGGAAGAGCCAGCAGGGAGGCCCCUCCCGGGGGGACCUCCAGAUGCCAGCCUGUGUCUAUAGGGGACAUUCGGGUCCUCUGGGCAGUGCCAUUGUCAUCAGGGCACAUCCCUGCUGGGUGUGAGUGGGGUGGGGGCUGGGGAAGAGAGAAGAGUCAGGCCGUGCUAACGGGGACAAUGGCAUCCGAUGUCAGUCCUUGGCAUUUGGGGGAGCAGCAGGUGACUGAGCUGAAGCACCUUUGUCUCCCAUUGAUCCACCUCUCAGUGAUAGGAAAUAAAUUUGAGACGUACCUGAG